AUGACCUCUCCGGCAUCGCCAAAUACCCUCUCGGCGAGCAACCUACAGGUUCUCCCUCCCAUCUUGACUGACAAUACAGUCAAGCCAUCUCCGAGCGCAAGGGAUCGACUCUCCACAUACUCCAAUAUCUCGUUCGUCUCCCAGAACCGGUCACGACCUGGCUCCCACGUGUUCCCCGUCUUCCAUUCCAGCCUCCCGUAUGCCCUGGUUCGAGACUUUGCCUACCCGUCAAUUCAUCCGUUGCACUAUGGACCACCUCCACCACACGCCUCGGGGGUGUCGACCCCCGCUAGCGAAUACCGGCGCUUGUCCGAUCCACCCACUUCUUGGGACACCGCGAAAGGGCCGUGGGCUACUACGGGUGGUUGGAACGUGGAGAGCAAUCAAGGCCACCAACAAUUGCCGGCCAUGUCGUUCGGUGAUGGACCUCCCUACAGUGAAGAUGAAGACCUACACAGUCCAGUAGUGACCUCAUCGCGCCAGCGGAAGAAGUCCACCGUGAAUGAUAUGAACGGCAUGGUAGAUGAGCAUGGCAUGUUGGUCGCUGGAAAUUCAGACCGUGGCACAUUCAUCGGUCUGAAUCCUGAUGGUAGCGAGACCUACUAUGUUAAUGGUGGGGAUGGGGUGGGGGAUGGUCCCGGUGGUGAAUAUGUUACAUACCCGGCAAAUGAAGGACGAUACUCGGUAGCAUAUGGCGGUCAGCCAGGCUAUGCGCAGGAAGCUGGCUUUGAGUCAGAGGAUGACUCCACACGCGGAGAUCGAUACUCAAAUGAUUAUCAAUUUGCCGUUGGCUGUCCGGACGAGGAGAUGCAUGGAAAAGCCGUCGCACUAUUUGACUUUGUGAUCUAUGUUUCAUACCGGCAUGGCGAAGGCUGGCUAGUCGCCGAGGAUCCGAAGACAGGAGAAAACGGUCUCGUCCCAGAGCAGUUUGUUCGACUUCUCCGAGACAUCGAAGGAGGACUGACCUUGUUGAACGGGGAGCCCAAUCCGGAUGUCACCGAAGGCAGCAUAUCAACCGGCAUGGAUAUGACCGAUGAUGAACACACCUCAACCCCUACUCAGGACAACCACGGAGGAACGAACGGUGAUACGCCGGCGUCGAUUCCCGCUGAAAGCAUGGAUGAAUCUCACUCAACAUCAGAGACUGGAAAGACCGUCGAGGGUCCUGGUAAUCGAUCCAGCAUGAUGACAAAGACUUGA